AUGGUAGGCAUUCAAUUAGGACGCUCUGCUUUGCGAUUGGGUGCAAGAAGCGAUCGUCCAGUUGGUGAACAUCCAUGUAGACAAUGGUCGAGUGAAACAACAAUACAAGAUAUGCCUGAGAUGCUUAAAUGUCCUAUUCAUAUAGCCAUUGAACGAGGACAUAUGAAAAUGGUCGAUCUUUUUGUACGACAAUCAGUUUUGUGUACUCAAGUUCCACAUCCAAUAUCUGGACUGUUACCCUAUCGUAUGGCACUAUCAUUGUCUACAUCAUCGAAGACAAAAGCAGAAAAAGAACAUUAUAGUCAAAUCUAUUUUUAUCUCCAUGAUAAACAGUUCAAUUUCAAAAUUCCAUUGAAUACUAGUCGUGAUUAUAAUCCUAGUUUAUUAACAUUGAGAGCAAACAUCAAGUCAUGGUAUCAAUCAUCAUCACAUGAAGUCUUUAUUUCUUUGCCGCGUUACUAUAAAAUAAUCAAAUGGUAUGAGCGAGCACAAGAACGUGUUUGGAAAAAAUACGGUGUUUACAUUCACAGUUCAACUGAAAUCAAACGAUUCUAUCAAAGUCAAGGUUUAUUAGGUUAUAAAGUAAUGAUUGAUGGUUUUAACAAUACUUUUGAUGCCUCAAAUGUACCGAUUUGUUCUGUGACCUCCAGUAGACAAUCGAAAUUAGAGCAAGCUGAUCGAUGUAGCGGUUACACUGAUGAAGAACGUGAGAAGAUAGUUAAAAUGAAGACAUAUAUGAAAGAAUUCGGUGCUACAAAACGACAACAAGCUAAACCUCCAGCAGUUAACAACCUCCAAAAAUUACGACAUCCUCCAUUCUUGUCUCAAAAUAGCUUGUUGAAUGCAAAACAACAACCAACUGACCUUACAUCAAUAAACUCUCCACUAUUUCUGGAAGACAUUAUGACACCAUCAGAGAUCUGUAAUAGUCAAGAUCUUUCGAGCUUUAUAGGUCUAAAUCAUCAGAGUUCAAAGUUCAUCUUCGAUAUCGAAAAACUCUCAAAAGUUUCCAAAACACAAUUGAACACAGCCAAUCCAACAACAUUCGAAUCAAAUAAAGGUAAAUUCUAUUAG